UAUCAUACAAUUACAUUAACAAUGGCUUCUUUAAAUUUUCCUACCAUCUCGCCCACCACAAACAUAUCUACCAUCGCACCUCACCAUCGCAUAUUCCCUAAAACAUCCCAACUCUACCUCUCAAGAGCUGUAGAUCGUCACACUACGUCAAAAAUCUCAUGCAAUGUAGCCACAAAUGAUGAUGACUAUCAAAACCUUAAAUAUGAAAAAACCACGGGUAAAUUGGAUAGAAGAAAUAUGCUUAUUGGACUUGGGGGUAUGUAUGGAGCCACCGCCACAUUAAGUGGUGGACCUUCCGUCUUAGCGGCUCCAAUCCAAACCCCAAUCCCAAGUACUUGUGAGCAAGCUGAUGUACCUUCUAAUGCAGGAGAUUUGAAUUGUUGCCCACCUAUUGCCACCAAUAUAGUUGAUUUUGUGCUUCCACCUGCACCUAGUACUUUACGAGUACGCCUACCAGCCCAUUUGGUUGACGACGAAUAUUUGCAAAAGUUUGCUAGGGCAAUCUCCUUAAUGAAAGCUUUACCUGAUGAUGAUCCACGUAGUUUUACCCAACAAGCCAAUGUGCAUUGUGCAUAUUGUAACGGAUCCUAUUCUCAAGUCGGGUUUCCUAAUUUGGAUCUCCAAGUCCAUGGAUCUUGGUUGUUCUUCCCUUUCCAUAGGUGGUAUCUCUACUUUUUUGAGAGAAUACUCGGAAGUUUAAUUGAGGAUCCGACUUUUGCUAUCCCAUUUUGGAACUGGGAUGCAGCAGGGGGCAUGCAAAUGCCCGCCAUGUAUACAGAUCCAAACUCUCCCUUAUACAAUAAAGUUCGAGACCAGGCUCACCUUUCUCCAAAAAUAUUGGAUCUAAACUAUGAUCUUGACGAUUCAAAUGAUGUGUCAGAUCAACGAAUGAUCUCGAACAAUCUCACACUUAUGUAUCGCCAAAUGGUGACCAAUGCACGGACUCCUAGAUUGUUCUUGGGACAACCUUACAGGGCUGGAGCAAGAUUCAGCCCUGGAGGAGGCUCCAUCGAGAACUCACCUCAUGGUACGGUUCAUGUCUGGACCGGUGACCCAAACCAACCCAACUUUGAAGACAUGGGUAACUUCUACUCCGCGGGUCGGGACCCACUUUUCUACGCCCACCAUGCUAAUGUGGAUCGUAUGUGGUUCCUUUGGAAAACAUUAUCGACAAACAAUCGAGAUUUUACCGACCCAGAUUGGUUAAACGCGUCGUUUAUAUUUUAUGACGAAAAUUCUCAAGCAGUAAGAGUAAGAGUCCAAGAUUGCUUAGACACAGCCCGACUUGGAUUCACAUACCAAAACGCGGAUUUACCAUGGCUCAACGCCAGACCCGAUCCAAGAUCCAGAUCCAAAGUAAGAUCCGUAACUUCAACACCUCAAACUGCAACCGCCAUGGAAUCCCAAUCCACCAUUAAUUUCCCGAAGCCAUUAAAGAAAACUAUACGAACAAAUGUAGCAAGACCCAAGAAAUCAAGAACCAAAAAAGAGAAAAAACAAAAGGAAGAGAUUCUUGUAAUCGACGUAGAUGUUAAAGAACAUGAUAAGUAUGUAAAGUUCGAUGUUUAUAUUAAUGAUGAAGAUGAUGUUCCGUCGAAGAAAGUUCAAGUGAAAGCAGAAUAUGCUGGAAGUUUCGUGAAUGUUCCUCAUAAACAUAAACAUGGGGAAGAUGGUAGUCAUAAAACAAGUUUUAGAGUUGGGUUGACUGAUUUGAUUGACGAUUUGGGAGCUGAUGAUGAUGAUGGUGUUAUGGUGAGUUUGGUUCCUAGAGCUGGGAAGGAUAAUGUUAUUAUUAAGAGUGUUAAGAUUGAAUUUGCUUCUUAAUUUAGAAUUAAAUGUUUGAUUUUCAAUAAUUAACUUGCAUUUUUUUGGUCAAAUUGUAGUGGAUUUAAUUUUAUUGCAUUUAGACA